GUCAGCCAUUUAAACUGGAUCCCAAAUCUGCUCAUCGAAAACUGAAGGUGUCCCAUGACAACCUGACUGUUGAACGUGAUGAAUCAUCAUCUAAAAAGAGUCACACACCUGAACGCUUCACUAGUCAAGGAAGCUAUGGAGUAGCUGGAAAUGUGUUCAUUGAUAGUGGCCGUCAUUACUGGGAAGUGGUCAUAAGUGGAAGUACAUGGUACGCCAUUGGCCUUGCAUACAAAUCGGCUCCAAAACAUGAAUGGAUUGGGAAGAAUUCUGCUUCCUGGGCCCUCUGCCGCUGCAACAAUAACUGGGUGGUGAGACAUAACAGCAAGGAAAUCCCCAUCGAGCCAGCCCCUCACCUCAGGCGCGUAGGCAUCCUGCUGGACUAUGAUAAUGGCUCAAUCGCUUUUUAUGAUGCUUUGAACUCCAUCCACCUCUACACCUUUGACGUGGCGCUUGCGCAGCCUGUGUGUCCCACCUUUACUGUGUGGAACAAGUGUUUGACGAUUAUAACUGGUCUUCCCAUCCCAGACCAUUUGGACUGUACAGAACAGCUACCUUGAGUACCUGGCCCCAAAGCAGCCCCAAGGAAUUACAAAGGUUGAGGCCACUGUUUAGGGGAUUGAGAAACUAAGGCUUCCAGAGUGUAAUGAAAUAUUCCCCAAUUUGUCCAGAAACCAGCUCAGAUAGGGCUCCACAUGGGAGAUUUCCUUCCUUUUACUGUGUUUUGUAUUAAGUACAGGCUUUAAUCAUUUCUUUAAUUUUUUGUAUUUAGAGGAAAGUCUAUAGAUUAUUUAUAAAAGAAGCAUAAUUUGGGUCACAGCUGUUAGGAAUCACUUGGUUUUGUCCAUUAAGAGGCCCAUAAAUUUACCAGCCCUUUACCAGUUUCAUUUCAUCAGUCUAUGAGCUUGCAAAAAAAAAAUCCUUUUGUAGAUUUGUGUUUUUUCACUUUCUUACAUUCUAUUCCAUACUAAGGCCAUGCUAGGUACUUCCACUUAGAAUAACCGAAUAUACAGCAAAAGUAAAAGUCAUUUUGAGCCUAGUAAGGAAGUACACAGGCUUCCUUACUCUUAUUUAAGUUGAGAUAUUUUUACUGUGAUGUAAUAUCAGAAACUUGUAUUGGAUCAAAUAGAAUGAAGAAUAAGGGAGAAUGGAAGAAUUAAAUUUGGAACUCAAGCUUAGCCAUGACUGAUGGGAGGAUUUGGGAAUCCAUAAAACUUUGGUUAUAUAUUCACCAACUUCUCCAGGGCUGAAGCUUUUGGGCUAAUAUCUUGAAUGAGAUUAAAAUUAACUGUUGUCAUUUGAUUUCUCCAAAUGGUUUAAGAAUUCAUGCUGAAUUGGGUUUUAUCAAAAGUAGAAUUCUGUUUUAUUUCAUAGAGCCGUUUUACCUUACCUCUUACCAGUCAUUUUUGGGUCUAUGAAAUUUUUUCACUACAUUUAAUAGGUGCCCUACUUUUCCUUUCCACAAAUCAAAUUAUCUUUUCUUUCUGGAGCUACAGAUUCGGAGCAUGGCCGGUUACAGAUAGCAAUCCCACUUUCAACUGAUUUUGUUUUCUGGGACAUGAGCACAUGCCCUUAAACACUGUCCAAAUAUAAGUCACCAAAAACAGUAUUUAUAUGUAAUGAUAAGACAUAUUACACAAAGUACUAGUCACUAGUGUACAUGCCUUUAAAGUUACAGUCUUUUAGUAAGCACAUUUUGAAGAUAUAGACAUCCCCAUAUAUCCUAGUAUAGUUUAUAAUAGAGUUGUAAGAAAAAAAAUCUAAUUUACUGUUACUACAGAAAAAUCUGCCAAUAGAACCUACUAAUAAAAUUACAGCUAAAAUUCUUUUCAUACUGACCUGAUAAACUGUAGUGGUCUCUGGAUUAAGACUUUCUCAGGUGAUCUUGGCAUGGGACAUUGGCAUGGGUUCACCUUCAUUAAGGAUAUUGACCUGUAUAAGUGGUUUCAAUUGCUAAAAUAUUUAUCUGGGCCACCACAUCAACCAGUCAUUGACUGAAAAGACCAAUGGAUUGAGGCAUUGGUUUUGGUGAUUUUCUUUCUUAAUCAAAUCACCCAUUUCCCAGAAAUAACUCGAUACACUCUUCAUUUCAGCAUCACAUGGUCACAUUUGAUGUGCAAGCCAAUCUGGAUUUCAUGGAAGACAAAGCCAGUUUCCUGUGUCUUUCUGUCCCUUCCCUGGCAGAUGAUGUCCUUUUUCUUAAUGGAUAGAUUUUAUAUAUUGACUAUAUUAUUUAUACCCAGAUGAAUAUUUUGAUAGCAGCUUAAAACAAUUUCACAUCUUAAAAAUGGACACCUCGGUGGAAAAUUUUUCAUUUUUCUCUAAAAAUUUAUUAGAACAUUUUGACAGUAUAAAAAUAUGUAUUUGCCUUCCCUGAAUAAACCGAAAAGGUUGUCUCAGUCAUUUUAUGUACAUUUUGGGUAACUGGAUAAUAGAUAUUUUAAUGCACUUUGUACACUUACAGGUUCUACACAAAAGGGUCUAAAACUCAAAUUCUGAGUUUUUAAAACCUCAUUGUCUCCAGGUAACAAUAAAUGCUACAGUUUGCCUUAUGAUGUUAACAUAAAGCAUUUAUGAUCAGGACAAUAUUUCAAUGGAUAUGUUUUUUCAGUAUAAAGAUGUUACUAUUCAGAUUUUCACUGCAAGCUUUUGAGGGUGUGUUUUGGCUAUUUUUGUAAGGACAAGACAGAUUAUGCUAUAAUUUUGUUGUGCAAGUCUUACUCUUGGCUAACUUAAAAACAUUGUGGAUGUAGCAGUUACUAUUUCCAGGUUGUCAUAUUUACGGAAAAAUGUGUAUAUGGUGAAAGACCACAGUGUUUAAUUGCUGUAAUGAUGUAGAAAAGAUUUCUGUGUGGAUUUUUUAAGUCUAAAAAUACAUGAUGUAAACAUUUGCUGCAGUUUAACUCUGCAUUUUCUUUAAAUGGAUUGGGGCCACUCACAGGAAGCAUUUAUAUAGAGGGGCAAAAGAAAUGGCAGUGCCAAUCAAAUUAGUACAACAAAAUUGAUGAGUUGUCAAUGAAAGCUUUAAAGGCUUGGCACCGUGUGCAUGUGAAUGAUUCAGUUGCCAAGUGCCCUGAGCACAGAAAGAGCCUACCUAAGCUUGGUAUCAUGUUCUCUUUUCAUUAUUAUAAAACUUAGUGAUUUUUGAACAUGGGACCAUCAUUUUCACUUUUGCACUUGGCCUUGCAUAUUAUGUAGCCAGUCCUUGGAACAGGACUCCAAAACAUGGUACUGCUCUUCCUAAUGGAUAAAGAGAAACAUGUUGCUUGUUGAAACUUGCCUUAGAUUCAUUCAUACUCAAGUAUGAGUCUAAAUAGUGGAAGAGUUGAGAAUGGAUGUAGGGUAAAAAUUUUCUCUCCAGCUUUAAAAGAAAGUGACUUCAGAAAAUGACUGUAUAGAUGAUGGUUUCUGUGGGAGGAAAAGCAACCUGAACAUGGACAGACUUUUAUUAUGGUACUGAUAUAUGGACCUUGAACUUCCUGAGGAAUGAGCCAGUGCCCUCUACUCAAGAUGGAUUUGUAUCUCAGCUCCAGGGGUGCAUACAAAUUGUUGCAGAGAGACAUGUGACUGCCUGUUCAGUGCAUCUGGUGCUGGGAAGCUGACAUCUGGUCUCUCUUGGUAAAGCAUCAAUGGCAUGCAGAGACAAUGACACUAGCAAGAGAAAUGUUUUGAAAAUAGUGCUUCUCAUCAAGUUCUUGAUUUUGCUACCCAAGAAGACAUUUGGCCUUAUCUGGAGUCAAUUUUGGUAAUCGCAAAUUGGAGACAUGUUGCUCCUGGCAUCUGGUGGGUGCAAGUCAGAAAUGCCAUUAAACAUCCUGCAGUGCACAGUGAAGCUUCUCACCAGAAAAUGAUAUAUGGCUCAAGAUGUCAGCUGUGUCCUAGUUUAGCUACUCUUGAAUGUUUGCUUUUGUUCAGGGACAAACAAAAAGGCACAGAAGUCAACACCUUCACAGGAGUGGCACUGUCAUCCCUAAAAUUAUUUACAAAAUACUUACAGUAAGCCUGAUUUCUAAAGCAAUCUAAGACGGUGGGAAUGCACAUUAUUGAGCUAAGUGUUGUGAUUUGAUGAUCUUGUUGUAGAAAGGAAGUUUUUUUCUAUGUCUCCUUGGAGCAGCAUACUUUCAAUCCCUGGUACUUGAGUCAACUGCCAAUCCCCUCAGUCCAGAAUCUAUUCUCGAUUUCUGUUGUUUCCUGGUUCAAAAUAAAAUCCUUUUGUGGCACCAAAA